UCAUAAUCACAAUCAGACGUCAUAAAAACGCGAGAUUGACUACGCGGACUACCAUAGUAUAAUUUUAUCAAGGCCUUGGUGAAUAAUCGUUCUUCACAGUGAUAUUGUUUUAUUCCUGCUUUUCCAAGUAAACAAAUAACUGUGUAUACGUGUUUGUGUAUUUUAGUGUUUGAGAAGUGCGUAUAAGAAAACCCAAGACUUGUGUAAGUGCUCCAAAACGGAUUCCGACAAGCUAAACCCCAACCAACAGCCAAAUUACAACACCAUGUACCAGAACCAGGGUGGGUACCCGCAAGGUGGAUAUCCGCAAGGAGGCUACCCGCAAGGUGGCUAUCCCCCUCCAGGUGGCUAUCCGCCGCAAGGUGGCUAUCCUCCGCAAGCUGGCUAUCCCCCGCAGCCUGGCUAUGCACCUCAGCCUGGAUUCCAGCCGGGCUAUGGCGCUCCGGGGUAUGCUGGUGAAGCGGGUGGAUACGGACAACCAGGCGUAUCAGAUUUGGGGGAAGAUGGUUCCGUCAAGGGGUUCGAUUUCAAUGACCAGAGUAUUCGCAAGUCCUUUAUUCGUAAGGUGUACUCCAUUUUGAUGUGUCAGCUGCUGAUCACUAUGGCGUUCAUUACACUUUUCACCUACCACGAGGGCUCCAAGGUGUGGUUUAGAUCACAUUCCUACAUGAUGUUUGUAGCCCUAGCCGUGGUUAUAGUCUGCCUGAUCGUGAUGGCGUGCUGCGGCAACGUGCGUCGUCAGGCGCCGUUGAACUUCAUCUUCCUCGGCAUCUUCACUCUUGCGGAGAGUUUCCUGCUCGGCGCCGUGUCGAGCACCAAGGCGCCUGAAGCGGUGAUGAUGGCAGUGGGAGUAACGGCAGCUGUGUGUCUCGCCCUGACAAUAUUCGCUCUGCAGACCAAAUGGGACUUCACCAUGAUGGGCGGAUUCCUCGUCUGCGCUACGGUUGUGCUGCUAUUGCUUGGUAUUGUCGCCAUGUUCGUCCGCAACAACACCCUCCAACUCGUGUACGCAUCCAUCGGCGCCCUCAUCUUCUCCAUGUAUCUCGUGUACGACACGCAACUCAUGAUGGGCGGCAAGCACAAGUACAGCAUCAGCCCCGAGGAGUACAUCUUCGCCGCCCUGAACUUGUAUCUGGAUAUUAUUAACAUCUUCAUGUACAUUCUGACUAUCAUCUCCGCUACGAGGGAUUAAGGUUGCGUUGUUGAGACGGAGUCGGAAUAUGUGGCACUUGAAUUUGAUACCGCAUUUAAAGUUCGUUUAAACUGCGCUGAGUUUAAUUUCAGAUUUAGUAAUUGUUUUUUUUUUUGUUGUAACGUCUAACGAUAUUGUGGAGCUUCAAAUUUUCGUAAAAAAAAAACAGAUGUCUUCAUGUUUGUGCAUGUGACAGCUGUCAUUACAACUUUAAAGUCUUUAUUUAUUAGGUUUAUACACAGAUUGUCAACUUCAGAUUUAUAUGAGGGGUAUCAGAUUUGAGUGAAGUUUAUUGGGGUAAAAUACCGAUUGAUGGCCCUGAAAAGUCACCAUUUUUUGGGAAAAACCCUCUACUGCUGCUAUAAAAUAAGGUUGAAGUUAGCAAACAUUGGUGGGAUGCCAGCGAUAAGGUAUUUUACCCUAAGGGCAAAAAGGUGACGAAAACUCACACGCAAGAUUUUACAACUUUAGUUGAAAACUAUGACAAUAGAUUUCGAAAAAUGUAACUCAUAGUACAUACUUUUAUUUUUAUUCACUUAAAAAGUAAUCGAAUCUUGCUAGAUAGUGCGUAGUUUGUCGUCAUCUUAAUUAAAAACUUAUGUUAAAUUAGAAUAGUGAGGUAUUAUGAUAUUUAACCCUUUGACCGCCUAGAACGUCCAUACACGCGCAUAGAAAGUGCCCUUAAUGCCAUGACGUGAAUGAACGUCAAGAAGUAACGGACAAAAUAUGUGAUUAAAAAAGUUUCUGUAUUUUUAUUAUUGAUUUAGAUUUUUAAACGAAUAAACCAACUACUUAAUUAAUUUUGUUUAGAUUUUUUUGGGACUUGGCGGUCAAAAGGAUUGUUAUUAUUUUGUGAUUCUCAUUAAUUUGUCAUCUCUUUUUGUCGCAUGACAUUUAAGUUGGCAUGUUGAUUGAAAAACUCAACUAUACUUAUUUGUUUGGUUUGAGAUUCAAGUAAAUAAUUUGAAAUAUUAGUCCCAAUCUUGUUUGCUGCUAUUUAUAACUUAUUUAUAAUGUUAGUAAACUCGUUUUUUUUUUUCUCGAAUACUAUAUAGGAUUCCACAAAGGUCCAUAUUAACCCUACCCUGUACCUACCCUAAGUGAUGAUUUUCAUUAUUUUUCUUUUUAUUAGAAAGCAAUAUAACGAAUCAAUAUAAAAUACGAAUAUAUCUAUAAUAAUAAUCUAUACCUUUCUUAGAAAACAUUGCAGAAAUUAUUAAAUUGUAAAACGGGAUAAGUCGCGUACAUAUUUAAGUUUUAAGAUUUACCGAGACCACGGGGACAGCGCCGUCCUCGAAACGUCGGAAGUUAAUCAUAAAACUUAAUUUGUCUUAUAUAAUGUACAAACUUAAAUUAUUACAGUGUUAGUACAUAAGGCUUUAUUAUAUGUAAUAUUUACACGAUUUUGGGUUUGAUAAUCAAUGGUGUUUGCAUUUAAGGUCCCCGUAGACGGAUAGUUUUAUUGAUAUAUUGAGCAAUAAAAUUGACCGCCUA